CUUGAGCCUUCUCUUCUCCAGACCAAACAAUCCCAGUUCCCUCAGCUGCUCCCCAUGAGACUUGUACUUUAAGCCCCUCACAGCUUCAUUACCCUUCUGUGGACACGUUCCAGGGCCUUAAUGGACCUGAUGGACCAGUUGGCCAGCUUGCUCCUGAGCUUGGUGAAUGGUGUAGCUCUGGGUGAUCAUCCCGAAGCUGAUCGAAGGGAAAGUGUAAAUCAAAUUUGCAAAGUGAGUUUGUUGCAAUUAGGUAGAAAUGUGAUGUGAAUCCAUCUCUGUUUCCGCUGAUGUGAAAAGGAUGGCCUUUAGGUUUUAGAUAAAUGGCUUGUGUGGCACCCAGCCAGGACUCAGCAGUGAUUUCUGAGUUUGUAUAUAACCCAUUAGAUUGCUUACACCAUAUACGUGUCCAACUCAUUAGUUUUAUGUUUUUAUUGCCUUUCUUUUUGUUUUAAGAAAUAUUUAUUAAAAAAAUAAGUAUUACUGUGUAUAUUAACUAUAUUAUAUAUUUUACAUGCGGUCCAAGAUAAUUCCUUUUCACUUAAUGCAACCCAAGCAAGCCAAACAGUUGGACACCCAUGGUUUAUACCAUGGUUCAACAUGGCAGAAGAGGACCUGGGUGGAAGAAGCUGCUUUGAACCUCAAACCUGUUUGAACUACAACUGAAAUCGGGAGGAGGUUUUCUAGCAGUAGGAUCCUCUUGGGGAAGGGCUUGCAAAGUCAGUCCCAGAGUCAGCAGAGGGUCCUGCUCCAUUCUAGGAAGUAGAAUAGGACUAUUACGCUUGCUGGACCCAGAAGGAACGUGGAUCAGAUUGCACAGGGUAGAGUUUUGUUAAUUGCUGCCCAAAGCUCUUGUGGAUCUAACACUGGCUCUGCUUAAAUGCUGCUCACAGCCCCAGUAAAGUGUCUGCUCGCUCAUGAUUUGCACACAAAGAAUAUAUGUCCAGUACAUUAAAUGCAAUAUAAAGGUUUGGAAAGGUGCUGUCCCAUAUGUGCUACAUACAAAUCUUUAAAAUUGCAUGUUCAAGUAGCCUAUGUACUACUAAGAGGUCUCAGCUCAGUGGCUUCACUCUUCUCAGCUUGGGGGCUUUGGCAGGUUUUUCAGCAGAGGUGUGGACUCUCAUCAUUAAAUGAUGUUUGUUUUUCUUAAUUAUCCUUCAGAGACCCUUGACAAGUAUAUUAUGGGACAGCCCCAAAAACACAGAUCAAAACCAUUGGUUAUAAUGGACUAUUUAUGUAAAUAUAGCUGUAAGCCCUGUUGCAGAAGUGGCUGAAAAUUUGCAUGGUGUGUUUUGAGCUUUAUUCCUGGACUGGAGAUUGAGCUGGGGAUUUGGAGUGCUAAAAAUGAGAUUUGUUCUGGAGUGUACUACAAAACCAAAGCUCUCUGUUUGCAAUAGGCUUCAGUCUACCACGGAUUUGCUGAGAAGGUAACCUAGCAUGUGCACGUAGGAACAAGUGGCAGAGAUUUAGUCUAAAACUUGACUAAUCAACAUCAUUUGCUUAUUUAAGAAGCUUAUUUUGCUGAGCCUAGAAGGCAUAGAUUCAGUAUUCCCUUCUACUUCUUGGAAACCUCAGAUUUAUUUUAUUCAGAGCCUUCAGAAAACAAAUUGAAAACCAGCAGAAAUGGCACUCAUGAUGGGUCUGUAAUUUGCUGUAGACCUUUCAUUUACUAUGGACUUUACUCUCUCAAAAGUGGUUUUCCUGAACUGCAGCCUACUUCUAAGCGCUCAACAGGUCCAGUGUAUUUGCCUCAAGACCUGGUAUUUGUCCAAUGGAGAAUAUGGAAACAUCUGAUUAUUCUUGCACGUUCGAUGCUGAAUGUCCAGGGCUGAAAAAAUGCUGCAACUCGUCCAAAGGAGCAGGCUGUGUGGAUCCAAAGCCAGAGGAAAGGAUGUUCUGGUACAACGUGACAGUCCUGGUAAAAAUGGAUUUUAAUGAAUUAAUUAGAGUGGAUUCCCAACUUCUGAAUCAUUCACGCCUUUUGCAUUCCAUGAUUACUGGUGCAUUACGACCCUUGAAUGCCUCUGUGCACCAUAUCCAGAGUAACUAUGCAGAAAUAUAUGCUGGGACAGUGGCCUCUCAGGUUCUGAUUGGACUGCAUCAACCAGCUCCACUAGCAGUGGUUUCUUCUUCCUUGAAGAACAUGGUUAAGCGUGUGUAUGAAGUGAUUGACGCAGAUGUGAAAGAUGUUGAUGAGUGUUCCUAUGCUGAAUUCAAUGCUUGUCCUGAGCAAAAUACCUGUGUAAAUCUGGAGGGUUAUUACAGCUGCAGCCCUGAGCACCAAGAAGCAUAUGCCAGCCCUCACCAGCUGAGCACAAGAAAAGAUGGCAUGGCAGCAUCCACUCCAAGCUCAGAGUUGGAUCCCAUUAAUGCCAACAGCAGCUCUCCAUCUAUAAGUAAUUCAAGUCUCUUGUCCAUGACUAACCAAUCUACUGAUGCUGGAUGCUAUCCCUCUGCAAUUAUAAACCAUCGAAUCUUCGGCGUUACCAGCAACAGCUUUGAAAUGUCCUGGCAUGUCACAUCUACUCUAAACCACACUUUCCAAGUCCUAGUGUUCAAGGACAAGGAGAUUGUAAAAAACCUGAAAACAGAGGAGGUGAAAAUGGAUGUGUCUGGACUGGAAGCAGGUGUGAUGUAUUCAAUAGAGAUCAGCUAUGAAAGCUGUGGAAAAUCCAUCCUCUCCCAUCAAAAUGUUAAAACAGAGGCUAAGAUAUUUGGUGUUACUAUGAGGAUUCUCAACUACAACUUCACUGAAGAUCUCCAUGAUGCCAGCAGCUCAGCAUAUGAAGAAUUUUCAAGACUGUUACUUACGGAGAUUCGGAAUUCAUUUCCACCCAACAUUUCCGCUUUAUAUGAAUCUGGGAAACUGAAAGUGCAGAUUGAAUCCCUGCAAGCUGGGAGCAUCAUUGUGAGACUCAGAAUAGCAGUGCAGGAUCCUGAGUUUCCAGUCAAUGCCUCCACCUUUGCCCCAAUGCUUUCAUACUUGUACAAUGGCUCGGUACUUUUGGUGGAUCAGCAGAAUUCUACAGUCGAAGACUGGGAUGAAUGUGCUUCUCGCACCGACAACGACUGCUCCGUGUUUGCACAUUGUAUCAAUCUGAUGGGCUCAUACCUCUGCAGAUGCAAGACAACCAUGGACACCAAUCCAUCCCGGCCUGGAAGAAACUGUGAGGGUGAGAUUGUGAGCCUUCUGACUGAAAGAACCGCCCUUGAAGUAGCAAGCAGCACACAGCUUGCUCCUGAAGCAAGCCCUGCAGCCUCUGCCUUCCCCACCAUCACUGCAGACCCUGAGAUGAGCACCACCACACACCACCCUGCUGUACUGCUCCUGAGUGAGAGGCAAGCACUCCCCUAUCACUCUCCCACCAACGCUCCUCCAGCCUCUUGGAAUAAAAGCCUGACACCACACAUGGCCAUGGACAACAGCCCCACAGCCGUGACUGCGGAGCAGCAGACCACCAUGAGUUCAUCACAGCAGAGCUCAUUGGCUGAGUCUUCCCCUGGCACAUUGCAGCAAGUGGCUAUUCUCACAAAUGCAUCCAUGGGCGCAGACAAGCAAGAGCAACAUAGUUUUCUGUUGCCAGUGUUAUCAAAUGAGACAGCCUUUGGUAUCUCUGGAAGUCAUGCAGCUUUUGGAGAGCCUCAAGCCCACUCUCAAGAUGUUCCCAUCACAGCUCUGCCAGCCACAGGUGAUGCAGGAGCACCCACUCUCAGUGCCACUCUCAACUCACACACACAGACAAGAAGAGAGAACAGCUCUUGGGGUCAGAAUCACACCGCGGCCCUGGGGGCACCAGCUCUGCCAGGCUUCUCCCUGGCUCCCAACCCAACGCUGAGCCCAGCCAUGAACCACACUGUCCAGAAACUUAACGGAGUGGUGCGGAUAACAAAUGUGAAAUACACACCAGGCUUUAGCAAUGCAAGCAGUGAGGAAUAUCAAAACUUUGCACAGCUCUUUGUCGAUGAAGUACAUAAAUCUCUGCCCCUUGAUGUCCUUCAGCAGGUGGAUUCUGGUCUGAUUAAAGUGUUGAUAACUGAUAUUACUAAUGGGAGCACCGUGGUAAGUUUCCAUUUACUGAUUGCAGAAGAUGUGGAUAUCUACUACAUCAUCACCGCUUUUCGUGAUGCAAUUGAACACAGCUCCUAUUUCACAGUUGACAAGAACAGUCUCUCCAUAAACGAUUAUGAUGAGUGCAAGAGCGAAGAAGAUGACUGCUCCCCAGAUGCAUCAUGUUAUAACACACUUGGGUUUUACCACUGCAGCUGCAACAAUGGAUUUGCCGAUGUGCAUCCAGAAAGACCUGGAAGAAACUGUGAAGCAUUGCCUCCCAGCCAGGAGGGAACAGUGGUGGACAGGAAGCCACUACCCAGCGCAGUUUUACCUGUGACAUCUUUGGAGACUUCAACUUAUGUUUCCUCAUUUGUUUCAUUGAACUCCUCUACUACGCAAAACAAAGCUCUGGAGGACAGCCCAUUCUCCAGUGUGACACUGCCUCUUCUUACCAUGGGUUCUGUGUCUGCUCCUGAUGUUCCUCCUCGAGCAUCUCCUGCCCCCCUUGUUAAACCUGCCCAGGAGGCUUCCAUUAAAGAUGCAGCGAUAGUGUUCUGUGAAAUUGAGAAGACUGUUAUUGCCAUCCAGAAGGGAUUUUUACAUCAGGAAUCCAUCCCUGAGUCUUCCCUGUACCUGGGGGAGCCUCUCUGCAAUGUGAGCAUCAGCAAUGACACUCACGCUGUGCUGCAGGCUGGCUGGAGUGAAUGUGGCACUGAAGUUGAGACCAAUGUGACUAACACCAUAGUGAAAACCAUACUGCGGAAUGACGAUUCUGCUCAGGGAGUAAUCCACCACUUAAAAGUUGCCAGUCCUAUCCACUGUGUGUUUCAAAAUGAUCUCUUGACUUCCUCUGGAUACACUGCAGAAGGAAUUUACACCAUUUUUGAGGAUUUACAUGGAUCUGGACACUUCAGAACAGAAAUGCAGUUAUUUAUUGGAAACUCCUCAAUACCAAAAAAUUUCAGUGUCUCAGCCAGUGAUGAUGUACUGAUUGAAGUGGGGAUUCAGAGAGCAGACAGCAAGCUGAAGGUGGUCCUCACUGACUGCUGGGCAACUCCGACCAACAAUUCAGUGGAUCCCCUCUCAUUUGCUUUUAUCAACAACAGCUGUCCUAUUCCAAAUACGUACACCACGCUUCUAGAGAAUGGGAAUUCAAGCAAAGCACAGUUUAAGCUGAAAAUCUUUUCCUUCAUCAACAACUCUGUAGUUUACCUACACUGCAAAAUUCGUAUCUGUAUGGAGACACCAGGAAGUACCUGCAGGACGAGAUGCCAUGCAGCUCGAUCCCUGAAAACUGGUGAAAUCAUCGCUACCCACAGAACAUCCUGGGGACCUCUGUGUAAAUCUGCCGCAUCCAAUUCAAAGAGAGAGAAGAAGCCUGGUGUGGGAGUUGGAUAUAUCAUCCUUAUUGCCAUUGCUGUGUUUGGCUUUGUGCUGGCAGUUGUGAGCCUUGUCAUUUUCCAGUGCAAGCGAAAGAUGGGAAGAUAUAACUUCAGAAUCAAGUCUGACAACUUCAGCUACCAAGUGUUCUAUGAUUAGCGACUUCCACGUUACCAGAUGUGAGAGCUGAAUCAUGUUGGAGCGUGUCUCAUCACAGAGAAUUGCUGCUUGUCUUUAUUCUGCAUUUGGCUUUCAUUACUCUUCAUGAUGGUGGCCACAAAUGAUUGCAACGCUGGCUCUUAACAUCACACGUAAAAGGCUUCUGUAUCCCUCGUUUUUUUUUUUGUUUUGGUAGCAAUUUAGCUUUUCCCUAAUGUUCAAAGAGCUGUUUGUGACUGCAACUCCAAGUUGAAGUCAACUUCUCUGGUGGUUUUUACAUGGGAAAAAGUACAAGAGAAAAAGGAAAGACUUCAUGGUUCUCUAUUCAUGUUUCAAGACUGGGCAGUCCCACUGUGCCACAUUACAGUUUUCCCCUCUUAGCAUAAUUUGUGCCAUUACUAGUCACAAGCAACAUGUUUCUCUAAAUAUUUCAGGAAGCAAAUCAGGAAAACGUUAGAGAUUUCAUUUUUGUUUUGUUAUUCACUGUAUACUUAAGGUGAGGUUGAAACCUUGAGAUGCAGCAACGCUGAAGACCUAACUAUGCAACGCCUUAAGUAUACAGAAGCUGGAGAACAAGUACAUGAUCUAUCACCAAAUAAAGAAAAUUCACCAUGAGUCAGUGACUCAACCUGCUCAGUGUGUUCUUCGGCAUGAGUUUUGAGGCUCAAUUGUAGAUUCUUUAAUUAAGGGCUUAAGGGCUUGCUGAAAAAAUAAAAGUACUAAGUUUUGCCAGUGGAAAUCCUCAAUUUUCCAUAUAAUUCCAUUGCUACCUAUCAACUCUGUUUAAUUAGACCAGAGUGAUUUUGCAGUUGAGGCACAGAGUGUGCUGCCCAGCAAAGUGAGAGCACUCCAAUUGCACGCAGUAGGUAAAAUUUGACACGCAUUUUGGCUGCGUGCAAGACCCUACCAUUACUGCAGCAGCAAAGGUUUAGUUUCUGAGCUUCACUGAAUACCACAACAAUUUGUUCAGCUGGAUAAACUGGAACAAAAACAUUUUUGACACAGCAAGCAGGCCUUGCAGGACUCUUCAGUGAGUGUUCUGGAAGACGGAGAGUGUGGUAACUGAUCCCCACCACCGCCAGGUUCCAAUUGCUACACACACACCUCCUGGCCAGUGGCGGAGGGUGCUGGGUCGGCAUCACAGGAACGCAGAAGUUUGCAGUGAAGAAGAUAAUUCCUCUUUAAGUGAAAUGAACACCAUUACAAACAGCUCUCUAGUGGAAAUUGGCCAUUAGUUUGAAUUCACAACUACUCAUAUCCGCCAUAGCAUUUACGUGCUGAUUUGUUGGUACAGAAUAGCAUUGAAAAUCUGCUUUUCUAGCUUCUUUAUCCAGCUACUGUUACAUACUAAGACUGCUGGGUAAAAGAUGUAGCCUGUGUUUUGCAAAAGGUCAGACUGGUUGAUCUUAGAAGUUAUACAUAGCAUAAAGAUUCAUAAAUUAAUUUCAGAUUUAUCUUUUAUAUUCUGUUUUGAUUCAUGUGGAUCUGUAAGAAGUAAAAAUCUUUGACUUAUCUUUUCAUUGCUGAAAUAUCAGUUCUCAGAUCCUGUUAGGAAAAAAAAAAUCAAUUUGGUUAUAAUCCAUUAAUGGAACUGCAACUUACCUUUGUAAUUUUAAAGUCUGAUAAACACAAUCAUUAACUUUUUAUGAUGUAGGUGUCUCCUCACUUUCGCUGUUUGCUGUCAAAUAUAUGUGUUUGCUUUCUGCGCACAGUGGAAGUUCAAUCUAUUUUACUAAAAAUACUUUCGUAGUUUGUAGUGUAUACAAUCCUCCUCUCGUAGCAGGGCUAGAGAUUUGCCUAUUGAUUGCAGCAGAGCUAUACCACUAAUGGAGGCUGAGCAGUUGCUUCUGUUUGAUACCAUGCAUGCUCAUCAGAAACUGAUAUCGUGAUUACCUGAAUUAGCUGUGUUGUAGUGUUUUAAUAAAAGCACUCUCAUACCUUA